UUUUGCGCUCCGGCCCGCCGCCGAUGCCUCUAUGGGCCGCUGCCGCGGAGAGCUGACCCCCUUCCUCGCAGCAGCAGCGGAGGAGAAGCAGCAGCAGCAUAAGGUAGCUGAAAAGUGCCUUCCUUGAAUCCUGUGCCGCCGCCGCCGCCACCGCUUGGAUUUGCGUCCAGGGCUUUGCCUCGCUCGCUUUUUGGGGAAAAAAUUAUAUAUAUACAUAUAUCUAUACGUGUGUGUAUAUAGAUCUAUAUAUAUAUCUAUUGAUAUAUAUAGAUAUCCCUCUCUUUUUUAUUUUUGCUUUUCCUUUCUCCAAAGUUUGGCGUUGCUUGCAGUUCAUAUCCUGAUAGCAACUCAUCCAUCUUUAUAAUCCCCCCCCCCAAAAAAAAAUUCUUCCUAACCAUUUUACAACUCAGAUUUGCUCUGCCAUUCCCCUGUCUCCUGACUAUGUAGCAGACUUAACGGUCUCUCUUUACUAAAAUAUUCCAAACGAAAGGAAAAAACGGAAUUUUUUUUAAAAAACCAACUUCUGUUGGUUCCUGCUUGCAGCUCCUCUUCUUCCCCUGUCAAGACACGAAACCAACCAACUCUGGUCCACCUGCAGCAUCGCCAGCAAUGACUUUUCCUUUUUCCUUUUUUCAGCGUGAGAAUAAUUGAAACCAGUAACUGGAGAGCACAGAAUAAUCCUUUGGAGGGGGAAAUAAAAAGUCUGCCAGUUAUUUUGAAAGAAUAAUUUUGGCAGUGGCACAAAAAAAGAAUUAUAUAUAUCGAUAUAUAGGUAUAUAUAUAAUAUAUAUAUAUAUAUAACAUUUCUAUUUUGACUUCGAGAAUUGCACUUUUAGGAGCUGGCCUCUAAUUUGACUUUUCAGUUAAUUCUGAUGAGAUUUCUAUUUUAUGAUUGGCUUUAUGUUUAAUCCUUCUUUUCAACAAACACAAUUUGAGUUCAAUGGAAACCUAAGUGCUGACAAAUAGAAAAGUUUACCAAAGCAACAAGUUAGUUAUUUCUUCACUUUUUUUAAACUUGAAUCCCCUUUUUUAUCCCCCCCCCCUUCUUCUUCUUCUUUGAAAGAUCAGCAGUACUAUUUCUCCUGAAGGAGGGGUGUGGUUUCUUGCGUUUUCCUUUUUCUCUCCUCCCCCUUCCUUUUUUUGGGGGUGGUUUCUUUUAUUUUUUUAAAAAUGGCUGUGAACGUUUCUUUGGUUCGUGAUACAAAAUGGCUGACCUUAGAAGUAUGUCGAGAAUUUCAGAGAGGUACUUGUUCUCGCUCUGACACAGAGUGCAAGUUUGCCCACCCUUCAAGGAGUUGCCAUGUGGAAAAUGGACGAGUUAUCGCCUGCUUUGACUCCCUAAAGGGUCGCUGCACUCGAGAAAACUGCAAAUACCUUCAUCCUCCGCCGCACUUAAAAACACAACUCGAAAUCAACGGACGCAACAACCUGAUCCAGCAAAAGACAGCCGCAGCCAUGUUUGCACAGCAAAUGCAGUUCAUGCUACCGGGAGCACAAUUGCAGCCAAUUACAACUUUUCCUGUGACUCCUUCACUUGCAACUAGCCCCACCAUGGCAUUCAGUCCCUACCUAAGUCAUGUCUCUCCUGGAAUGGGCUUGGUUCCUGCAGAGCUGUUGCCAAAUACACCUGUCCUGGUGUCUGGGAACCCAGCUGUUUCUGUGGCAGGGAGCUCCACUGGGCAGAAAAUGAUGAGGACAGACAAACUGGAGGUUUGCCGGGAGUUUCAGCGUGGCAACUGCACACGCGGCGAGAAUGACUGCCGUUAUGCUCACCCGAUAGAUAUUGCCAUGAUAGACACAAAUGAGAACACCGUGACGGUGUGCAUGGAUUACAUCAAAGGGCGAUGCUCCCGGGAGAAAUGCAAGUACUUUCACCCCCCUGCACACCUGCAAGCCAAAAUCAAGGCAGCUCAACACCAGGUGAAUCAAACCGCUGCAGCCGGAAUGACUCAGCCAGCUGUCCGAUCACUGAAGCGACCCCUCGAGGCAACCUUUGACCCGGCGUUGCCACCUGGUGCUCUUCAACCUUUACCAAAGAGGCCAGCGCUUGAAAAAAACAAUGGUGCCACCACAGUCUUUAACCCAAGUGUUUUCCAUUACCAACAGGCCCUUGCAAACAUGCAAUUGCAACAGCCAACAUUUAUCCCUACAGGGUCUGUGCUGUGCAUGACUCCCACAGCAAGCGUUGUUCCCAUGAUGCACGGUGCUACGCCCACCACUGUUUCUGCAGCAACAUCACCUGCCACCAGCGUUCCUUUCGCUGCAACUGCUACAGCCAAUCAGAUAUCCCAGUUAUCAGUAGAUGAACUAAACAGCAGCAUGUUUGUGUCACAAAUGUAGAAGCAAACAACGGAAAACAAACUAUGUCAGAAUCAUGAACCUGAAAUCAUGGAGUUACUGGACUUUCCUGUCUUUGGUGGGAAGCUGCCUCUGGGCUCUCUGUGUAUAUAUGCCCAUCCUUUCCUCCUCUACAGCAUCUACAGUAAGCCUACUGCAGCCUACAUGUUAACCAAAAACUGGUCCAUGGGAAUGUCAAACUUUUUUUUAAGCACUAUAGAGAAACAAUUAACAAAACAGCACUCUGUUAUACAAGGCAUAGAAGUAAGUAGAGAACUAUAACAAUAGACUUUUAUAACAUCUUACUUUAACACACUUUUAAAAAAGAAUAUUUUUUUCCUGACUACCAUCAAGAGAAAGUGUCCUCCUGCACAGUGGACUUACUGGUUUAUUAUUCUAUUUUCGAUGGAUAAAUGUUUGUCUGUUUUCAAAGUGUUAUCUUACUGUUUUGUUUACAUCCUAGUCUAUUAUUGAUUUGUUUGGAGAGACAAAAGAAGAAAAGAUGUACAUCAUUAUCAAGUAUACUCAACACCGGGGGUUUUCAUUAUCAUAAUGUCUUACAUUUUCAUAUACUGUGGUCGUUAUGGGUUUCUCCUCUUUUUUCUUUCCUUUUUUUUAAAAAAAAAAGAAUGACAAGCUAAGAAUGUUAUACUGGGAAACAGGAAUGGUGUGCUUUUAAAAAAGCAAGAGACAAGAAUGUUCAGAUAUAGAUUCGUAUCGGGCUAGUUAUUUAGAAACCUCCAUCUGAAAAAUAGACUCUCCCUCCAAAAUGGAGUCUCUAAUAAAUUAAUAAAAAUAAACAAUACUUGCAAAAGUUGUGAAGGGAUUUGCUGUCAGUUCAGGAAGGGGGAAUGUAAAGUGAAAUGGAUCAAAACAGGGUCAAGCCCGCAAGGCCAAGAUGGCAGAAAAGCACCUGGCAAAAGAGAUUUCUGCCUUUAAGUGCCACUUUAAGCUCCAAUUGGUGCACAACAUAUCUUGAAAGUUUACCAACACGGGGUUUUUUUAAGUGACAUCAAGAAGUAUGACCAGUUUAUGGAAAAUGAGGUUUUCUUGCCAUUGAGAUGAAAGUAUUCUGCUAAUAUGCAGACCCCAUUGUGAUAUAGAACAGAAAAACACACACAUAAAUUUUCCAUUCAAAUGUAAGCAGCCCAUCUCCACAUCCCAUGCUUAGCCCAGGAAAGUAGUACCAAACUGCAGCCUCACUCCUCCAUUAGGUUGUAUCUUUGUGCAGAUGGGAGCAGGGAUUGCUCUUGAGGGAGCAGCCUUAUAGUGAUUUCUGGAAAGAGACUAAAGUAGGAGACAGACCAAAUAGUUUGGUUUAAAUUCAUCCAGAUGUUUCUUCCAAAGACGUCACUGUUUUGGGUGUGUGCUUGGAACCAUGUUUUGACAUCCCUGCAAUGCCGGUUAAGGAACUGAGUUCAGAUUCUAAUCUGUGUGAUACUGACUGUGAAUACAGUGUUUAGAAGGAGACAGUAGAUGUUCAGGAAGCCAAUGUAUUAUCUUAUGUGUUCAAAUUUGGCCCUAGUGGCAAAAACUAAAGAAGAAUUAAAUGCCUGGUUUGUUGCAUUGCCAUCCAUGAACUGAGCUUCCUCAUCAAAGUUUAAAUCCCAUGAAAUCUGAUACCUGCAAAAAAAUGUGUUGUGUUGUGAACAAUUGUGUUGUGAACAAUUGCAAACAAAUGCAAAGGGUCAUUUUGGUGCUACUUUCCAUGGUCUUAAAAGGUCUAGGCCCUAUCAGGGGGAGGUGAAAAAAAUGACUGUACACAUUUAUCUCGUACAAAAUUCUUUUGCAUAUUCCUGGAAAAUUUUAGUCCAGAGUUGCCUAAAAAAGAGAGAGAGAGAGCCAUACAUAACCAUAUAACUGGCCAACCUGUUGUUCAUUGCUUCCCAGCUCUGUAACAUAGUAGAAAAAAGUGGAUUUGAGUACUUCCUGGAUAUGAAAAUAUUUGUAUAUUUUAAAAAAAUAAUGAUGGGUUUUGCACAACCUGUGGCAGUGCCUCAACAGAGAACAUACCUGAUCUCUUCUAGUCAGAAAGGACACCUAUGUAUAAACACACUUCUAUAGAUAUAUAUAUGAUUGUGUUAGCGUUAGAAUUUGGAAGGAUGUUCAGUGUUUGUUUUCAGUGCUCUAAAUGGAUUUUUAUGUAAACUUGCCCCUUUGAUGUUACCCACUCCUGCUUUCUUUGAAUGAUAUAUUUUUUAAAAGCAUCUUGCAUAGAUGUGCACAGAAUGUAAGCCUAAAAAGUUUCUACAGCAUUCAUGUCACACAGUUUUAAAGCACUGAAAAGCUAACACACAAGGGGCACAACACCUUGCUUGUAUUUUUUGCAAAACUUGGGAGCCAGAGGAGAGGAGGAGAAGCCUCCCUGCUGGCUACCACAGCAAACCAGGCAUCACUCCCCAGGCACAAAGCACCAGAACCACACUCCAACACUUCAAUCCUUGCACCCCUGAACACACCAGAGAUAAACUUAACACCUGCACACAUGGACACGCAGGCACUCUUUCUAAUACAGAGGUGCAGUGAUACGUCUUCAGGGUAGACUGUUUUAUUUUAGGUGCCACAACAUUUAUUUUAUUUUAUUUUUUAUAUAUAUUUUUUACAAAAAUAGAGUUAGUGUUUGUUGUAAGAGAAAAACUUUGUGGAGUGAGGGAAGACAAGCACGGCUUUUAAAGCACUGGGAAUGUCACCAAAUUUAACAGGGAGGUUGGGAGGGGUUUUUUAAUUAAAAAAUGCCAUUGCAAGGGUAGCACUAUUUAAGGCUUGUUGUGCAAUGACUUUUUUAUUCAAGAAAGAAAGAAAACACAGUCGACAGACUAUAAAAUCCUAGAUAGGUGCAUUCUUUAUACUAUAGUCACUGAACUACUUGGUGACUCUAAGUGAAAUAACAAACACAAGAAAUCUCAUCUUUUAUUUGAGUACAGAGAUGUGUGUAAUGUUUGAAUCAGUAUAAUUUCAGCAACUUUCUCUAAGCUUCCCAUGUUCGACAAACCUAUAUGUUCUUUUUUAAAUUUAUCCCAAGUUCAUCUCGCACGCCUGCGUGCAAACUCUCUCUCUUACUUUCAGUGUCUAUGUGCCCAUUUCCUCUCAGCCUUAUGCAAACAAUAUGCAAGAAAUGCUGAAACUUGAGUAAAACGGGUCAUUGCAGAGGAAAAAUGAAAAAGCUGAUAGAUCAUUUUUGAGGGGGGGGGAGUUAGUUGUUUCAUGAAAAGGCGUUUUUAAAGAAAAGCUUAAAACUUACUAGAUACAUCCACAAAAACAAUGAAAGAGGGAUUUAAAGUACAAUGGGAUUCUUGAAAUGAUUUCCAUUUAUUUUGUUUCUUAAGUACAGUGUUCUUGAGGAUUGGAACAUGGUUUUUCAUAAUCAUAUUUUAAUUCAUUUUUAAUAUGAACUUGUUAGGGGUUUGGGUUUUUCAUUUUUAAUGGUGUCAUUUUUUGUAUCUACAUAUAUUCCCCCCUCCCUGCCCACCUUUCCCUCAACCAGCCCACAUCCUCCACUUCUGAACACUCCCAAAUAUUCUUUAAUCUGCCAUGUACUGCGUGUUGCACUUUGAGAGUUCAUUUGUGGACUGCUGUGACUGGCUGACCUGCUCCACCCCUUGCAAAGCCACAGAAUCUCAUGCUUGCCAAUGUGGACUCCUCUUGCCUCAUUAUCAGAUCUCCCAGUCACUUCCACACAUGUGUCCUUGCACAAGGCAUCUUGUCUGAGAAAGUGCAAGCGCACAGGCCGGAUAUGAAGGGCUAGUUUGAACGCAUACUGUGGGGUUAGUUUUAUUCUCUUCCUUUUUCCUUGUGCCAUGUCACCAAAUAUUUUGAAACUCAGUUUUGAAACCAGUGGGGGGGCAGGGGGGCUGUUGGCCACGUGCAACUAGCCUACUGCCCAUCUUUCAGCUUGCUCAACAACAGAUCUGCAAGCUGCAAGGCUGAUGUUGGGGUUGUUGUUUUUUUAUCUAGGCAGCUUACAGAUCCAUCAGGAAGCCAACUACCCAGACCACCUGGUGCUUGGCUCAAUCCUGUGCACAUUUGCUGGGAAAGUCAGUCCCCUUUUUGUUCAGCAGGGAAUGUCCUGAGGAAAGCGUGCCUAGGAUUGCAGCCUCAGGCCAUUAUAUCUGUGAAUAUAUUGUUGAGCACAGGAGGGGAAAGGUGUGGGAGCCAGUGUGUGCCUGGCAAAAAGAAACCCUAAGUGAGAAUCAGGCCUCAGAGGGGUCACUGCUUGAGUGCAGUUUAGCCACCACUGUGAGCGAGUUCGGGAUGGCAGCCUUUCUGUUCUAGCAUGGCCCAGCUAGCCAGCUACAAAAACCAAACGGCAAAUAUUGAAUGUUGUAGGUCCAUCAGAUCUGGAAAGGAGAUUAUGCUGACCUCCUCCUAUUUCAUUCUCAACUUUGCCUAUUACUUAAUACAGCAGUUAUCUCUAGGACACUUUAGUACCCAGAACGGUUUUAAAAAUUGGAGCUAUCCUUUUCUUUUUUAAAUCCCUAAUACAUUUCACAUCCAUAAAAAGGGGGGGGGAGUGCAACUUUAUGAGGAAAAUCUAAUUUCCUGUUCCUCCCGAAAGGAUGUAUGAUGCUAAUGAUCUGAUUCUUACCAUGUGCCUGAUUAAGGCCUUAGAAUAUAUUGUAUGUUAAAGACUGUAAUAACUUUUUUAAAGAAAAAAACUUAUUAGUUGUUAGCUUGAAAUAAUUGUAAAUAGAGUUUUAAGAAAACAUUGUUACUAGGUUACAACAGGUUAUUCAUGUUGCAUUAUUUUCCAUUACUUUUAUUGUUAGUUUUUAAGGAUUUUGUUUUCAUUAUCACAUAUAUGUAUACAUACACACACACACACACACACACACACACACACACUGUGUGUGUUUGUUUGUGUGUGUGUGUGUGUGUGUGUGUCUUUAUAUAUCUUUAGUAACUAAUGAAUUUGAUUUUUGAAGGAGAGUUUGAGAAUGUUUAAGAUUUUAAAAUCAUGUAUUCAACUCAUUGUUAUCUUCUAAAAACAACACUGAACCGCAUGUCAAAAUAUAGAGAAAUAAAUACAGUCCAUAACUAGUUUGUAUAGUUUACAGUUUAAGAACAAACAGACAAAAAGAGUAACUUUGUAUGUAACUCCUACAAUGAUAGAUUCAUUGUUAACUAAUUAUAUUAAGUUGUUGUUGCUAUGGCAACAAAACUACAACAUGGCUACCUUUGUAUACAUUAUUUGUGAAAUUUUCACAUGUAAAUUUUAAAAAAAAGUAAUGUGUAACAGUAUGGGUUCGUUUAAGGUACAGUUCGAUACUGUCGGAGAAAGAUAUGACUGAAUAUUUUUAAAAUCCCAAAGUCCCAUGUGAACGCUGGAUUUGUGUCUUUUAUGUCACUUUUUCAGUCAAAAAGUUUACAACACAUGGAUUUAGAGUCAGGUUUUAUAGCUUGUAGAAAUUGUUGUGUGAGUUCGGGUUAUUCCACAGUAUUUUUCUCCUGGAUGAUACAAAGACUUAUCAUAGAACUCCUGGGGUUUUAUUCUAUUUCCACAUACUCUAGAGCUGAAACAAAUGUAGGAAAAUGCAAGUCAGAAUUUGAUCAGGAAUUGGUAUAGUGUUGUUUCACAAAAAUCAAAAGGAAAUUUGUAUGUAGAGCUACAUUUCAGCCACAACAAAUUCCCCAGGGUGUUGCUUUCAGUGGGACUUGAGCUGUGGCUAAGGUCCGUAGGUUUUUGCACCGGCCCUAAGAUUUUUAUUCUUCUGUAAAACAACAACACCAGAUUAAAUUCCCAGAUUCAGAGUUGUGCAACCAAUGGGGUUACACAGCCAUUCGGCAGCAUUUUUUUGAAUGCAAGAAAUUGAUCAGAUUCUGAUGGUAUAACCUUUUUUGGUGCUGCUGUUUGUUUCAACACUAGUGAAUUCAUAAUUAAACAAGCUUUUUUAUUAAUAAAAAAAAUACUGCAAAAAUCAAACAUCAUAGCUAUAUCGUUAAAAGCCUUUUACAUCAAAAUCAUGACUGGGACAAUAUGGGAAGAAACAACCUGUACAUAAAAAGGAGACAAAAAUAUUGUGGAAUGACCCUAUAACAGUGUUGAAGAAACCAAUAUGCUGCAGUUAAACUGAUUCAGUUGGUGUACGAAUGUGUAAGACACAUCUUUUUUGCACUUAUGUACAUAGUCCACGAAAGAAAUCCUUGGAACUUAUUUUGAAUAUAUUUAAAAAAAAGUCUGUAAUAAUACAAGGAGAAGUUUGUAAAAGAGAUUACUAAGGCUUUGAAAAGGAAGAGAUUUUUUGCUAUAAAACUUAUCUGAACGCGUGCUGUUGCUUUGCUAUUGUACAAGCUUCGUAGUUUGCCAUAUAGCUUAAAAUACAGCAGACUGAGACCGGCUCAUUUCCAACCUGCAGCUCUGAAAGAAAAUAAGAAAAACACACACACAAUAGGAAACAACACUUAAUCUAAAAGUAAAGGUCACCAGCAAAGGUUUUUAAGUAGUUUGUCACCCGCACAAACUGGGUAUGAGAAGAGCUAAAUCAGACCAAAGGGCGAGUUAGCCUACACAGCCUCCCCACCAGAAGGGCAGAAGUUGAACAGCCCCCUUCGCCCAUUGUCUACAGCUGUACACAGACUCUAAAGAGAGAUGCCAUGUAGCCACCAUGGCCUGUAGCCAUAGGUUGACCUGUUGUCUCCUCCACACUCUGACUCUCCAGAUAUUUAAAAAAGUAAUUAUAUCUCCUCACCCACCUGGCUAUAUUAGAACUUAACAAAAUAGCACAACACGAUGGCCAAUAACAAUGGCACUAAACACUUUAUAGACUAAUACAAAUGAUCAGAAAUUGCAACCAAAGUCUCUAAACCAAUCUGUUUCGUUCAAUUUCUUAACCAGCUGAAUUGAACUGCAUCCUUCUCACAUUAAUUCUUACAAGUCUGUCUGAUGAAGAAUUGAUCCAGAUUGGUUGAUGAAGCAUUGGAAGGAACAGAUUGGUUAUCCGGAAACUCUGUUCUGGCGAUAUUUGGUGACAGAUUAUGUAUAUAUCAAACUUUUGAAUUAUUCUACCGUGACUGGUGAAGAUUUAGAGACUAUAGUUGCAGUUUCUGAUCAUUUGUAUUAGUUUAUAAAGUGUUUAGUGCCAUUGUUAUUGGCCAUCGUGUUGUGCUAUUUUGUUCAGCUUGUCUAUAUUGCAACACAGGUGUCUGUUUAUGGAUUAUAUUAGAAUUUUGGCAUGUAUUAAAGAUACCGGCAGUUUUCCUUGGAGGAUCUUUGUGGAUUCAGGCAUGCUCAGGCAUUUGCAAGGAAAGUUGGAGACUGACGAUGCAACAUUAUGGGAGGUGGGGCUGCCUACAGAUAAAAGAUUGUCUUCAACAGUGUUCUACUCUGAGUUGACCCACUGAAAUUGGUGGACCUACUUGGACGAGAACGAACAAUGGUUACAACCCAGUAUGUUCAGGCAAAUAACUGGGCAAUCCUCAUGAUAUUCAUCCAACUAUCUUGAGGCCCAAACCCUUCAUCCCUUCCUCAGAGAGCUUUGCUUGUACUACCAAAAAUUUGAAUCCUAAUUUUCUAUCGUCCCACUGGCAGCGGGGAGAUUUUGAUAGGGGAAGCUACAUUAGGAAUCUUGGAUAGUGUAGAUUUCACAGUGACUUUUCCAAGGGCUGCCUUGCUGAGGCUCAUGCCCAACCACAUGAAGAACUUGAUAGAUGUAGCAUCCACAGUGAGGAGUAUUCCACCUCUCCCUUGUACCCCUGGAUUUCCGAGUGGUGGUUCUGUGGUAUAAAUUAUUCUCUCUUGCGUAAGUGGGUAGUGUACUAGAGACAGCCACGUCUUCACUCGGGCUGCAUUGGCAAUUGGCUUUCUGCAUACCCUCUUAACCCCAAGUGAGUGUCAGGCUGGCAGCGUAUAGAGUCAAGUAGGUAAAGUUGUCCCAGCGCUAGUUAAGAGAGUGAAAUGCCUGUAAUUUGGGUAAUGCUGUUCACAAAGCCACGUCUUAAAAGGGUGGCAUGUGAACAAGGCCUUUGUUUCUGCCAUGUAAGAGGUGGGCCUGUCUUCCCACUAUGGAAGCAUAAGGUGCAGGCAGUUGUUCAGGAGGGGAACAAGCUCAAGGCAAAGAUUUUAUAGGUCCUGGUGGACAGGGAUUGGCGCUUAUGGAUCAACAGACAGAAUGCUCAGGCAGGCUGGUACUGCAGAGCAGGUGGUGCCCUUGAAGCACAGCUUCAUCGGCCAGACUCGCAGUGGAAACUGAGACCCAGCGCUAUAGGCAUUAGGGCCACGUCUUCACUGCUAGGGCCCCACUUCAGGAUACACAUGCCCCAGCAGCCUGGUUGGUUAGUUGACCCUCAUCUGUCUUGAGAGACAAUGGAAGAGUGCCCCUUCGGGGAGGGAGGUUGGUUGCUGUAUUAGCAGCACCUAAGUGACCACCUCGGGGCGCAAAUCUGGGCAAGGUAUAUGAAGGUUGUCGUCUGCCCAGACAGCAAGACCCCUCCCUCUUGACCUCACUGAUAUGGUCCAAAGGAAAGCAGAGCAAUACAUUUGGCAUCUGCUUGGCUGCAGGAGUUGCCAGAAGGAGGCGUACCAAGCACCACCCAACCAUCUUAGGGACACCACUCUGGAUCUGUGUAGGGUUCACUCCUUAGUCUUCUCUUCUCCUAAAGAUGCCCCACAAGGCAUUGAGUAUGGAUUAAAACACCCAUGCUGGAGGAGAGGCUCACAGUGUCGAACUGUGCACCCCAUGGCCCAAAGCACUAAGGGCAGCUUUGCACAUGACGUAGAUGCAUGGAAAGAGAACAUGCAUCUCAGCAAGGUCUUAUAAGAAAGGAGGCAUUUAUCUUUGAUAAAUUCCAGUAUCAAGGAAGUGACAUCCUACUGUGGGGGGGGGCAGCUUGAUUUCCCCUCUUACAUAAGAUUCAGGGAGCAUGGGGAGAAGAAUUGUCCUGUGUUCACACACGUCCCAGGCAAAGCUACCCCUAUGCAAAGGCCUUAAGAAGCAUAUUGAUAAAGAGCUAAUGUGGGGCAGCCUUAGAAAGUCUCUAUUUGUUGCAUUGAGGGGGGGGAGGGAUCUUUUAAAAUUGAACUGCUUCAGGAUGGGAAUGGCAGAACAGCCCAGGGGUGUCAUGGCAGGCACCCCAAACAAAACCUUUUGCUAGUGACCUUCACAUUCAGAAAGGCACAUGCCUCCCCAAAACCAAACAGCCAGCCAACAACACAACAACUGAAACAAUGACAACCAAGUGGUCUUUUUCCAAACACACAACAGAGGGAAAUUACCUGACACAGAAUUUCAAGGUUCCAGAUCUUUAUUACUGUACACAGAUGCUAUUUGAUAGUGGUGGAAGCCAAACGAUUUUUGUUGCCAUGGCUCUAGUAUCCUAGCAGCUGAGGGGAUGACAUCGCCAUUCAUCAAAUGAUGACAGGGGUGGGGGGUUCACCACCACCUUUAAAUUCACAAACCUCAAGAGGUGCCAAGUUUGCAGCCAUAAAAUUGUUCACCCAGAGAAAUAAAAUUCUACCAAAAUUCAGAAUUAAAAUCCCAAAACUCAGAAGGAGAAGAUUGAAAUAUUGAGGCCUUGUUGCUGUUUUUUAGAAAGUUAAAAUUUCAAGAGUUGCUUUCUUGUGUUCCAAAUCAGGUUUUCAGAAACAAAACCCCUGAUUUUUCAGACUGAAAUUUGAAUUCUGACACAAAACAGCCCUUUGGCAGCAGCAGAAAUCUGUGAAGGAGGAAACCCCAGAGACUUUCGCCUGAUUUUAGUUCGAUUUAAACUUCCACACAAGGGAAAUGUGAGGUGAGGUUCUGAUCCCAAAACUCCAGAUAAUGAAAAAGUAACAUCCAGAAGAGCAUGUACCUAUUUUUUGUUUUUAUACUAUUGGAUGUUAUGUAAAGUAAGCUAUUCAGACAUUUUAAAAUUAUACUGCAAGGAAUAUAUUCAAAGAAGUGGGUUUGAUUUUUUUUUAGGGAGGAAAUGUAGUCAGAGUAUAAUGAGGUUUAAAAAUGACAUGCUGCCGGCACUCUUGAGGUAUGUGCAUGUCUAGAUUUUCCUUCCCAUAGCUUUCUGUGGGAAGGCAUAGCCACUAUUCAAACUAGCAGGUGCUGGCUUGAAUGCCUGGCAACAGCCUUGCAUACACUUAAAUGGAAGCGAGCUUUAUGGAAACCCAUAGAACUGGCUGCCAGCCAAAGCAUUUAGGUUCCUGGUUCCUCUGUGAUGCGGAUUCAGAUUGUUCUGAUCUAUCCGUAGCAAGCUGGCAAAAAGUCACCCCUUCAGCUGCUAUCAACAGGGUGUACGCUUUGAAUAUCUUUUCCUUUUUUGCCACAGUUAUAUUGCUGUAGUGCUUGUUUGUGCUUUCUAGAGAUGUGCAUAAUGCAACUCAUUUUACUAUGUUACUUCUAUAUUGUUAUUGUUUAUUUUAUUUUAUUUUUUGGAUCUUUUAAUAAAGUGUAUAAAACUCUC